CAAGAUCUCUACGGCAUCAACCCAAUUCUCUGUAAUUGAAGAUGAGACGGAGCCUGCGUAGUGCCAGUCAGCUGGCUAGAUGUGGAACAAGGCCUUUGCACAGCAGCAGCAGGCCAUUGUGCACCAGCUUCGGGCAACACACGGCCAAGGUCGGAAUUUCUAGACGGCGAUACGCAUCUGUGGCUGCCGCCGAGCUGCAAUUCGGGCAGCCGCUUCACGAAACACACCCGCACAUUCUAAGGGCUGGGGAAGUAACUCCUGGCAUCAGCGCUCUCGAAUACGCAACCCGUCGAGCGAGACUUGCUGCGAAACUUCCGCAUAACGGCAUAGCCAUUAUUGCUUCUUCCGACAUCAAGUACCGUUCUGGCUCUGUAUUUUACGAGUUUCAUCAAGACUCCAACUUUUUCUAUCUCACCGGCUUCAACGAACCAGAAGCUCUAGCAAUUAUUGAGAAGACUGGCCCUGGCCCGGAACACAUUUUCCAUCUAUACGUGCGACCCAAGGAUCCGAGGGCUGAACAAUGGGAGGGUGCUCGGUCGGGAGUUCAAGCUGCUCUGGAUGUCUUCAAUGCCGACGAGGCAGGGGAUAUAAAUCAACUACACUCCGUCCUCCCUCCCAUUGUCGCAGAAGCUAGCGAAGUGUAUACAGACAUUGUCACUGGCAAAAGCGCUCUCUCGUCCUUUUCGCGACUCUUCCUGGGGCCCUCGUCAAGAACAGAGGGCUUUGCCAAGAUCCUCGAAAAGAGCAAAGUGAAACAACUUCGGCCCAUCAUCAACGACCUGCGAGUGAUCAAGAGUGAGGCCGAGAUUGCCAACAUGAGGACAGCGGGACGUGCUUCUGGCAGAGCUUUUACAAAGGCAAUGGGCAGGAGAUUUACGCUGGAGAAGGAUCUGACUGCUUUUCUCGAGUACAAAUUCAAGACCUUAGGGUGCGACACUUCAGCAUAUGUGCCGGUGGUGGCUGGCGGAGAGCACGCUCUCAACAUUCACUAUGUUCGCAAUGAUGAUGUCUUGAGAGACGGUCAACUUGUUCUUGUCGAUGCUGGUGGCGAAUAUGGCGGCUACAUUACAGAUAUCACACGAACAUGGCCGGUCAAUGGGAAGUUUACGGACCCACAAAAAGAGCUUUACGAAGCCAUUCUCCGAGUCCAGUGUAGCUGCGUAUCUCUUUGCAGAGCAAGCGCUGGCUUCUCUCUGGAUCAGAUCCAUCGCAUUGCGGAGAAUGGCCUUCGCGAUGCUCUUUCACAACUUGGAUUCGACAUGAGUGGCAAUGCCCUGGAAACCCUGUUUCCCCAUCAUCUUGGCCACUUUGUCGGCCUAGACGUGCACGACACCCCGGGUUACCCACGAAGAGGCAACCUCCAAGUAGGCCAAUGCGUUACGAUAGAGCCUGGAAUCUAUGUUCCCGAUGACGAGCGCUGGCCGAAGCAUUUCCGCGGUAUCGGCAUCCGAAUCGAAGACAGCGUCUGCGUGCAAGAGGAGAAUCCGCUAGUCCUGACGACUGAGGCUGUCAAAGAGGUUGUCGACAUUGAAGCUCUCUCCGAGUCUUAGUCUACAUAUAUAGUAGAACAGCCCCUGUACAUGAAAUGUAAAAAGAAAGAACCUGAAUGUAUAAAUCAAAAUUCCACUCCACAUGAGCCUCAGUGUAAGAUACGCGUUUUAGCAUCGCAAUGCAGCCUAAGCAGAGUGGUUCCGUACGUUUCUCGUACCAUAAGACGCGAUGCAUACUGCAGUAUACAUAUCCGCGC